GGGUUGUUCAUCCCCAGUGGAAAGAUGCAGCCCACUCACACAGGCAAAGUUUGCAAGGCACGGGGUGCAAACCUACCCUAUCUGCACCUUGUGGAGCAGGGCUGCUGGAAGCUGCUGGCGAGUACUGGACCAGAUACCAGCAGCAUCAAAGAGCCCCUACACUGCCUGGCUGUCUUCCAAGCAA